UGACUUUAGUUUUCUCAUGUAACACUGUUUCAGAUAUACUUUUUUUAUCUUACCGGCAACGAUGAAUCUCCUGAACUCCGAUGAUGCCUUAUUCAUGAACGACGCUUUCUUGAACGCCUCAGAUUUAUGGCCAGUAACUCCGGCUGAUAUCAGCCAGCGGCCAUUAGCUCCGGAGGUCAUUAACUUCUCCUCCGAUUCGUGGCCAUUGGUUCCGCCGGCAUAUUUCGGCCAGAUCCAGUACGAGGAAAGCAACAUUUUAGCCAGCAGCGUAAAACUCGAAGAUUCAUUUCACUUUCACAUCUAUGCCAAAACGACGCCGGAAAACAAACCGCCAAAGAAACGCGGGAGAAGACCGACGCACGGUAAAGAAGGGCCGAUGAACCACGUGGAAGCGGAGCGGUUGAGACGCGAGAAGCUAAACCAGAGAUUUUACGCCUUACGAGCGGUCGUGCCAAACGUAUCAAAGAUGGAUAAAGGGUCGUUACUUGAAGACACGGUUACGUACAUUAAAGAACUGAAGUUAAACGCGGAAAACGCUGAGUCGGAGAAAAAAGCGAUUGAGAUCCAGCUCAACGAACUCAGUGAGAAGAUCGCAGGAAGGAGAAAGAGGAGUUCAAGCGUCUGUAGCGGCGGGGAAAAGGAGUCGGAGAUUGAAGUGAAGAUCGACGUGAAGGUUAUCGAUCGUGAAGCGAUUAUUAGAUUGGAGUCGAGCAAGAACAACCAUCCUGGUGCGAGACUGAUGAGUGCGUUUAUGGAUUUGGAGGUAGAAGUGAGUUACGCGAGCAUCUCGGUAAUGAACGAUCUCAUGAUUCAACAAGCAACGGUGAAGAUGGGGUCUAGGAUUUACAAGCAAGAGCAGCUUCGGAACUUCUUGUUGUCGAAGAUUGGUUAAGGGUUAAUGAUGCGAUUUAGUGAGGUUUAAUGGGGUUCAAAUUGUAAUUAAGCAAUUGUACUUUGUUUGUCUCAUGAAUUCCCAGCCGUUGGAUUA